UGAGAGCCUGGCUUCCUCCAGGGCCGCCUGGCGCAGUUUCCAUGGUGCUCGAGCCUCCCAGAGCGGAGAUGGCCUGCCUUGUGCAUAGAGAUGGAGCCGGUUGAUGGAGGAGCUGAGCAUGACAGUGAUGAGGAUUCAUACGAAGUACUGGAUUUAACAGAAUAUGCAAGGCGCCAUCAUUGGUGGAACCGGGUGUUUGGCAGGAAUUCUGGACCUAUUGUAGAAAAGUAUUCUGUAGCUACUCAGAUUGUAAUGGGUGGCGUAUCAGGCUGGUGUGCAGGAUUUUUAUUCCAGAAGGUUGGAAAACUUGCAGCGACUGCAGUAGGCGGCGGCUUUCUUUUGCUACAAAUUGCUAGUCAUAGUGGCUAUGUACAGGUGGACUGGAAAAGGGUUGAAAAAGAUGUAAACAAAGCAAAGAAGCAACUCAAAAAACGAGCAAACAAGGCAGCUCCUGAAAUCAACACAUUGAUUGAGGAGUCAACAGAAUUCCUUAAACAGAACAUAGUUGUAUCUGGCGGGUUUGUCGGAGGCUUCUUGUUGGGCCUUGCAUCUUAAGGACAUUUCUCUUCCUGCUGGCUUAACCAUGAUAAUGAAGAAGGGUAGCAACACACAGUUCUUAAGUGAGGCAGUCUGAGUCGCUCUCUAAUCACUCCAGAGCAAGAUGGAUGGAUUUGCCAGACAAAUCUUGAGUAUUUUGCAUUUUAGGCUUUUGCCUCCUUAAGCUCGCUGAAACAGGUUUGCUGAAAAAAUCUACAGUGUUUUUGCAUAGCAUUCCUGAAAGAACAAGAACUGGCUAACUUUUGUCAUAAUUUUUAUUAUUGUAUCUCCAUGCAGAAUUCAGCAUAUUUAAUAAGCUAUCUUUUGGCUCUACAUCUUUUUUCCAAUUUUAGGGAUAUAUUUUUAUUAUUGUUUAAGACAAUCCCGUGCUGUGUUUAAUCAUGCCUAUGACUAAAUGUGUAUAUUGUGCUUGAAGCGCAGAACUAGCCAUCUUCUGUAGAAACCACUGCAAUAAAAAUAAUCUAUACAUCAGUAAUAUCUUUUUGCAAAGAUGAAAUAACAAGCAAUUGUGAACCUAUUAAAGAGUGAAGAUCAAUCAA